UUUGACAAUAAAGUCUCAUGGCUGUAUCUUUUUUUGAUUCACCAGCGUGAUGCUCCAACUCGUUGUUGUGUGGAGAUGAAAAUUUCAACUAGACUCUUCGCCUGCCUUAUGCUCAAUCUUGGUCUUACAAUCUUAGUUCAUGGACAGCAACAAACAGGUUUCGUAAGCAUUGAUUGUGGAGGUCCAGUGAAUUUUGAAUAUACGGAUGAUAGCACUAAGAUUAAGUACAACACAGAUGGAGCUUACAUUAACAGUGGGAUUAACAGAAACAUUUCUUCUGAAUAUGCAUACCCAAAAAAUCCGAAUCUGCCAUUACCACUUUCAGAUCUCAGAAGUUUUCCUGAGGGUAAGAGGAAUUGUUACAACAUAAAAACUCCGAUAAGAAAAAGUUUACAUUUGAUUAGGGCUUCUUUCUUGUAUGGGAACUACGAUGGAGAAGACAAGCUUCCAGAAUUUGAUCUCUAUGUUGAUGUCAAUUUCUGGUCCUCAGUAACAUUCCGAAAUGCUUCGGAGCAACUCGUGAUGGAAAUCAUCAGCAUGAAAAUAUCAGAGGAGAUCAAUGUUUGUCUUGUAAACAAAGGAUUGGGAACUCCUUUCAUCUCAGCAUUGGAACUUAGGCCAAUCAUCACUAGCUCUGUAUAUACUACUGAGUUUGGGUCAGCUGCUUCACUUUUACUCUUCAAAAGAUGGGACAUUGCACCUCUCAAUGGAACUGGUAGAUAUGAAGAUGAUGCUUUUGAUAGAAUUUGGUCUCCUUCCAGUUCAUCUUCCUGGGAGACUUUGGAAACUUCUUCAGCCAUCAACGUCAAUAACAGUGGCUAUAGACCUCCAUUUGAAGUCAUUAGAACCGCUGCUAGACCUAAGAAUGAGAGUGAUACUUUGGAAUUCUCCUGGGCACCGAACGAUCCAAGCUCUAAGUUUUAUGUGUAUUUGUACUUUGCUGAAGUUGAGAAACUUCAGAAAAAGCAACUGAGGAAAUUCAAUAUAUCCUGGAAUGGAUCUCCAUUAUUUGGACCCUUAGUCCCUAGCUACUUACUCACAACCACUGUAUCGAAUUCGAAAUCUUUGGUGGGAAAUAAGCAUCAAAUUUCAAUAUCUAGAACAGGAGACUCAACUUUACCCCCCAUCCUCAAUGCAGUUGAGAUUUAUGUGGUGACACAACUAGAUACAAUCCCAACAUUUGAGCAAGAUGUUGAUGCUAUCACGAAUAUCAAAGGAGCAUAUGAAGUUCAAAGAAAUUGGGUUGGUGAUCCUUGUGAGCCUAAGGAGUACAAUUGGGAUGGCUUGGAAUGUAACUACAGUAACUCGCUUCCUCCACGAAUCAUAUCGCUGAAUUUGAGCUCAAGCAGUUUAAGUGGGGUAAUAGCUUCUGCAUUUUCCAAUCUCUUAUCACUCGAAUCAUUGGAUUUAUCAAACAAUAGCUUAACUGGAUCAGUGCCUCAGUUUCUUGAAGACUUCAAAUCCCUUAAAGUUCUGAACUUGAAAGACAAUCAUCUGUCAGGCUCUGUCCCUGCUAAUCUUCUAGAAAGAUCAAGAGCUGGAUUGCUUGCACUGAGUGUGGAUGACCAAAAUAUUUGUGGCUCAAGUACCUGCAAAAAAAAGAAUAUUGCUGUUCCCAUAGCCGUUUCUAUAUCAUCAGUUCUAGUUCUUUUGAUUGCAUUUGCUCUUAUCUGGAAACUUCGGAGGAAAAAACCAUCAGGUAAUUCCAAAUUUGAUGCAGUCAAAAGCCCGCUUUCACUUAAUCUCAUGAUAUUAUUACAUGAACCAUACUCAGAUAAGGAAAUACAGAAGACCAACAAAGGAGGAACUAUAGCUUCAAAACAGUGGCAAUAUAGCUACGCGGAGGUUCUGGAAAUCACCAACAACUUUGAAAUGGCAAUUGGAAAAGGAGGAUUCGGAAUAGUGUACCGUGGUGAGUUGAAGGAUGGAAACCAAGUUGCAGUGAAAAUGCUUUCUCCAUCAUCAUCUCAGGGACCAAAGGAAUUUCAAACUGAGGCUGAGCUGUUGAUGACAGUUCAUCACAGAAAUUUGGUAUCCUUCAUUGGUUAUUGUGAUGAUGAUAACAAGAUGGCACUCAUGUAUGAGUACAUGGCCAAUGGCAACUUGAAAAAUUAUCUCUCAGAUAAAAACUCAAAUAUCGUGUCUUGGCAAAGAAGACUUGAGAUAGCAAUUGAUGCAGCGCAAGGAUUGGAAUAUCUGCACCAUGGAUGCAAGCCACCUAUAGUACACAGAGAUGUGAAGACAGCCAACAUUCUAUUGAAUGAAAACUUGGAAGCUAAGAUAGCUGAUUUUGGCCUCUCCACGGUUUAUAAGAAUGAUAACAUUAAUGCGGAGUCUGAAGUCAUGGGCACCACAGGCUACCUUGACCCAGAGUACUACAAAUUACGGAAGUUGAAUGAGAAAAGUGAUAUUUUUAGCUUUGGAGUAGUUAUAAUAGAGCUCAUAACAGGUCAACCAGCAGUGAUUAGAGGUGAAGAAUCGAUUCACAUACUUGCGUGGGUAACAUAUGAGCUUGAAAGUGGGGAUUUUAGCAGAAUUGUGGAUCCAAGACUCGAAGGCAAAUUUUGUACAGGUUCUGUGGAAAGAGCUUUAGGAGUAGCAAUGGCAUGUAGUGCAACACCUUCCAUUCACAGACCUACCAUGAAUUUUGUGGUGCAGGAGCUGAAACAGUGUUUGGAAAUGGAGAUUCCUUCUAUCAGUGACAAAUUUAAGAUGGUGCCAAGGCGGGUUUAUAGUGAGUUAUAUAGUUCGUCUGAGCCAUAUUCCUUGGAUACUGAUUCCAUCACUUCUCCUUUUGCUAGGUAGUUGUAUAGUUGAAGACUUUCGUUGACAAUAUAAUUCAAUAAAUACGUGUAUAUUGUAUAUUAAAAUUAAAGGGCAAUUUUACCUAUACACUGUAGGUCCAAGAACA